AUGACAACACUUACCAAUACUCCUCAACCACAACAACCACAACAACCACAACUGCAGAUACAGACACAACCAGAUACUAUUUAUAACAAUAAUGAAUCUCCACAACUCCGUAAGAUCACUCAACCACCAAAUUUAAGAAUUAUCCCACCGUUGAAUUUCUGUCCCGUUGAAAAACAGCUAUAUAGAUCGGGUCAACCAUCGAUGAUUAAUGAAUCAUUUUUAAAUCAACUUAAUUUAAAAACAAUUAUUUGGCUAGCUAAUGAAGAACCAAGUGAUGAAUUCCAAGAAUAUUGCUCUGAUAGUAAUAUUAAUAUUGAGUAUAUUGGUAUGAUUAAUGAUUUCCAAUCACAAUUUGAAUCGAAUUAUAAUAAUGUUAAUAGAAGUACUAUGGCUAACCCAUGGGAUGCAUUAAAUGAUACUACUAUUAAGAAAUCAUUAGAAGUUAUUGUUGAUAAAUCAAAUUAUCCAAUUCUUAUAUGUUGUGGUAUGGGAAGACAUAGAACUGGUACUGUCAUUGGAUGUUUACGAAGAUUACAGAAUUGGAAUUUGAACAGUGUAAGUGAAGAAUAUAGAAGAUUUACAGGAGCAAGAGGUGGUAGAAUAUUAGUGGAAUUGUUGAUUGAAAAUUUUGAUAUUAAUUCUGUUGAUAUAAACUGGGAAAACACUCCGGAAUGGUUAAAGUGA